GAGAAGCUCCCCGGGGUCGUACUCCAGGAACCCGCCCCCGCGCCUGGCCAGAGGGACACUGGACUGUGGCAUUUGUCCAGCCGCUCCCUAAGGGGAGAAUGGCCAUGGGGCCUACAGGCUUAGCCUCUGACCCUGGGGACGCUCAGCCCAGGCCUACCCCAGCUCCAACAGUCAGGGGGGCAGCAAAUUUUUAACUAGACACACUGAUCAUUAACAAGGGUAGGAAGGAGUGUAAACUCCGUGUCACACAGGGACAGAAACCAGCUGGGCCUCGGGCCUCUCGCAGAGAUGCUGGGCCGUGGAAUCUGGUCCUCUGUGAGGCAGGGGCUGAGCAGGGGCUUGUCCAAGAAGGUGGGGGGCUGGGCCUCGGGGGAGGGGAGGAAGGUGGACAUUGCAGGCAUCUACCCCCCUGUGACCACCCCCUUCACUGCCACGGCAGAGGUGGACUAUGAGAAACUGGAGGAGAAUCUGCACAAAUUGGGUACCUUCCCCUUCCGAGGCUUCGUGGUCCAGGGCUCCAAUGGCGAGUUUCCCUUCCUGACCAGCAGCGAGCGGCUGGAGGUGGUGAGCCGAGUCCGCCAGGCCAUGCCCAAGGACAAACUCCUGCUAGCCGGCUCCGGCUGCGAGUCCACUCAAGCCACCGUGGAGAUGACUGUGAGCAUGGCCCAGGUUGGGGCUGAUGCUGCCAUCGUGGUGACCCCUUGCUACUAUCGUGGCCGCAUGAGCAGUGCGGCCCUCAUUCACCACUAUACCAAGGUCGCUGACCUCUCCCCCAUUCCUGUGGUGCUCUACAGUGUCCCAGCCAACACGGGGCUGGACCUGCCCGUGGAUGCGGUGGUCAUGCUCUCCCAGCACCCAAACAUCGUGGGCAUCAAGGACAGUGGUGGUGACGUGACCAGGUUGGGGCUGCUGGUUCACAAGACCAGGAGGCAGGACUUCCAGGUGUUGGCUGGAUCGGCUGGCUUCCUGCUGGCCAGCUAUGCCGUGGGAGCUGUGGGGGGCGUGUGUGCCCUGGCCAACGUCCUGGGGGCUCAGGUGUGCCAGCUGGAGCGACUGUGCCUCACAGGGCAAUGGGAAGAUGCCCAGAAACUGCAGCACCGCCUCAUUGAGCCGAACACUGCGGUGACCCGGCGCUUUGGGAUCCCUGGGCUGAAGAAGACCAUGGACUGGUUCGGCUACUACGGAGGCCCCUGCCGUGCCCCCUUGCAGGAGCUGAGCCCCAUGGAUGAGGAGGCUCUGCGUAUGGACUUCAGCAGUAAUGGCUGGCUCUGAGGGCGGGUGCCUGGCCUGAGCCCAUCUCAGCUUCCUGCCCUGUACCUGCAGCUGAAGAGGCACAUGGGGGUAUGAGAUUUCAAAGCCUGUUUUCCUACUUCAGUCCUCUAGGGAGCCUCUCCCAGGCUCUGCCAUGCACACCCAUUUCCUAUUCUCGCAGCCCCAUGAACCGUUGGCAUUUGUAGCCUCAACUCUGGCUCUCUAGAGACCUUCAGUCUGGGGAGAAGCAAUUGCUUGUCCCUCUCCCGUGCCUUCCUGUGCCCCGCGACACAUGACUGGCAACCAGCCGGCAUGAGCAGGGGGCAACUGGGGCAAAAGUAAGGUCAUGUAUUUUACUGAUGGGAUGGCCGCUUAGACUUGGGGGUACACAUCUAAGCCCAGCACAGUGCAGCAGGGAGCCAGGGCUCUUCCUAAGAACCUGACUCCUUCCAGAGGAACGAGGGGGUGUGGUUCGGAAACCUAAUCAGAAAAGCGUCUCUGGCCUUUGAAAGGCCCCCAAGUUACAUUCCAGACACAGUGCCUUUCCUAAAUCCAUUUUGAUCAUCUCAUAUUCUCAUCUCUAGCCUUGAUCUCAACUGUAGAGAGCGUGGAGCUGGCCCAGGGCCUUGCCAGAGUUGGUAAAUAAUGACACCUGGUGGAUAAAUGUUACAUUUUAGACUUCUAGUCAACCUGGUCUGAAACAUUAGGGAAAGAGACUUGGUCUCAGACCUGGCCAUCCUCUUGCCUUAGGCACUGUGCUUUCUUUGUUAAAAAUAAUACUUUGUUCUUACAAUAAAGUUGAAUAACUGAAAA